UUGAAGCUCUGACAUUUCAAUUAGUAUGAGUACUGCUGUAGACCAAUCUGGAUGCUAGCGUAGCACGUGCUUCUCGGCGAGUGGACAUCGUGCCGCAGUGUUUGGGCCAAUCCUUUUGAACACGAGACGAGACGACGACGACGACGGAAUCAGCUGAGCAAGUGGGGUCGGUGUUGUGCGGUACAUCGAGCGUCUCUAUUUUUGUUCGCAGGUGGCCACGGCAUGCAAUAAUCGCAUAAGUUCGACGGUCUGUGCCAUUGUUUGGUAGCUAAGUACCAGGUGAUACGGGGGUUCGCAUCGGAACGUGCGAUAAAUGUGAAACAGUGUGCAUCGGUUGCCGGAAUUCAUUAUCAUCGCCCCAGACAUGGAUGUUAUUGAUCCGGUCGCUCCAAUUGGCGACUCGCUGGUGAUAAGUGAGGAAGUGCGUACCAUCGUAACCAAUGUAUAAGUGAUCCGGUAGUGAUAACAAAAAAAAAAACAAAUUAAAAGUGAGAAAAAUCAAUUUUCCGAUAAAUCAAGUUCAACGCAUGGUGUGAGUGAAGUGCAGCUUUGCACAAGAACGACCCAAGUUUCAAGAGUCGCAUAAAAUAUGGAAAGUUGAAAAAAGUGUCGUAGAACUGUUUGUUUACUGCCAGUGGCGUCCGCUGAUAUUGUUACGUCGUGGAAGCGGCAGACGAAGUUCAUGAUAGUUCCUCCACUUCAAACGAUUGCUGUGCUGAUGAUGAUGGUGAUUGUGAUGACGAUAAUGAUUGCCGGCUAUGGAUCGAUAUCAAUAAAACGGGCGCUUGAAUCAAGAUGGUGGUCAUUUCUUGGCAACGCAGCAUGCAGCUGUUAGUGGUUGUGGCCAAACGCUGGAAACGAGGCGCCUCAACAGUAUCGAAGACAACGACUCCGACAACGACAUUUCCGUCCCGGAACCUAGCACUAGCAGCAGCAGCAUAAUACCAUCAUCUGCCGGGACACAUCAUCCGAUUCCGGUGCAGACUGAGGCAUGAUGUUUCGUGAUGCCCUCACCCCAAUUAAUGCUACUGCCCCCACGGCUAAGGCUGCCCAAAUGAACGAUGCAUAAACAAACCAGCUUCUAUUCGAGGGCCCUAGAAGAUUAAACUGAGCUGUUUGGGCUCUUUGUGUAUAUAAUAUCGUGCGAGUGUAAUUGAAAGCAUUGUUUUAUCCGGUGCAAGAGCAUUGAAGUGGCAACAUUCGCGGUGGCGUACUCAAAAUUCAACCCCGAGGAGGAGUGAAACCAGCUUCAAUAUUAUAGUUUUAGCGGCCCCGAACAGCGACCCCAACCAAAGCGUGGGCAAAAGGGCGGAAACGGAAACGACCGCGUCGAUAACGGCGAGAAAAGCACCAGACGGUACGACGCUAGGAUUGGUUAUAUAAUGAGAGGUCGACGUAUUCCGAUAGCAUUGCCAAACACAGGUGCCCUGUCACGUAGACGACACACUCUUUACAUCCGAUCGGCCAUCAUCGUCUUCAUUCUGUUCGCAUUCCUGCAGUUUCAUAUGAUAUACUAUGACACACAUGAUUCAGGAACGACGGACACCGCCAAUUACUCCACGGCAGCGAUCCUCCAGAUGGUGCCACCGGUAUUCCAUAAAUAUCUGACAUCGAAGACCCGGAAUGUGACGCACGGUCAAAAUGGAACGAGCGCGGGAGUGUCUGAGGGCGCCCAACGAUCGGCAAACAUCAGCGAGAUUCUUCGCAUGAUACACCGCUACAACGAGCUGCAGACGAUCCUGAACGAGGACAUCUUCGGUCCGUUACAAAAUGAUUCUGUGAUAAUAGUAGUGCAGGUACACAAGAGAAUAACCUAUUUACGCCAUUUAAUUGUUAGCCUGGCGCAAGCAAAAGACAUCUCCCGCACGAUGCUGGUCUUCUCACAUGACCACUUCGAUGACGAUAUCAACGACCUAGUACAGAGCAUAGACUUCUGCAAAGUUAUGCAGGUUUUUUAUCCCUUCUCGAUACAAACUCACCCCAAUGAGUUCCCCGGAGCGGAUCCUGGAGAUUGUCCCAGGGAUAUCAAGAAGGAACAAGCACUGUUACGGAAGUGUAAAAACGCACUGCACCCCGAUCUGUACGGGCACUAUCGGGAGGCCAAAUUCACCCAAACCAAACACCACUGGUGGUGGAAAGCGAAUCGAGUCUUCGAUCAGCUAGAAGUAACCAAAUACCACACGGGUCUUGUGGUCUUCCUGGAGGAGGACCAUUACGUUGCGGAGGACUUCCUCUACAUCCUGGAGCUGAUGCAGCAGAAAUCCCAGGAGCUGUGUCCGAAGUGCAACAUUCUUUCGCUGGGCACAUACCUGAAAACCUUCAAUUACUACACCUACAACAAGAAGCGCGCAACAGGAUACGGAGGUAAACCAUUCAGCUACCAGGGUAAAACCUCACUUGUGCCGGUAGCCACCGGUACCUCAUUGGAGCAUAAUGCCGCUGGGUUGGCUUCGUCUCACCUUCAUCAACAUUCGUACCAUCAUCAGUCGUACCCAUUCGUGGACGUCAGCUCUCUUCUCUCGAGCGGAACCAGCAGUGACGAUGGCCGCCACAGAGAUACUGAUUACAACUUCCCUGGUUACUAUCAUAAUCGAUACAUGCCACGCUUCCAACAAAAAAAUCCUUCAAAUAUUCUUUCGCUUUCUUCCGUCCGCGGAGACGGUGCUGACUCGCCUGCGAAAAUCAUUGGCAAACAUGUUCAAACCUACAUUGCUUCCCCUAUUGCUAACGAACCAAUUAAUAAUCAAAAUCGUCUGUUAAUGGCCUAUUCGAAUUCGUAUCCGGCAACGACCGCUGAACGUUCGCCAUCACACCAUUCUGCACCACCACAACAGCAAAAGCAACAGCAACAACAACUACAGCAACAACUGCAACAACAGCAACUGCAACGGCAGCAGCAAGCCAGUGGUACCAGUGGUUUGGGUUAUAAUGGCCAAGCCACCACUGAAAAGUAUGCAUCCCAGUCCCAAUGGGGCUACCAAGUGUUACCAACACUCUACUCGAUUUAUCAAAAGGUUGAAGUAACACCUUGGAUCAGCAGCAAACACAACAUGGGGAUGGCCUUCAACCGGACCACGUGGCACGAGAUCACUCGAUGCGCGCUGCAUUUUUGCGAGUACGAUGACUACAACUGGGAUUGGUCCCUGCAGCAUGUAUCUCAGCAGUGUCUCAAACAGAAGCUGCACGUGAUGGUCGUUAAGGGACCCCGGGUUUUCCACAUUGGAGAAUGUGGCGUGCAUCACAAGAAGAGCAACUGCGAGUCCAACCAGGUGAUAUCGAAGGUACAGCAGGUGCUGCGGGUGGCCCGUCGUUCCCGCCAGCUGUACCCCAAAUCGAUCUCCCUGAUGGUCGCCAGUGUAAUAAAAAAGACAAAACUCCGCAAAGGGAACGGAGGCUGGGGAGACCAGCGGGACCAUCAACUUUGCUUCAACAUAACCCUCAUCGGGCGGUAAUCCGGGAUGCCCGGUUACACUUUGCGGGGGAGCGCGCGACUGACUUGGAAUGAUGUUUGAAAACACACGUCCUACUAUAUUUGAUAUUUAGUGAAACCAAACAAAAGAUGGUAGUGGAGAUAUGUACUAUGUGAAGUAAACAUAUAACUGACUAGUAGGUUAACAUACAUUUUAAGAUGGAGGAAGUGAACAAACGAACCCCACAGUGUUUUGUACGAAGUGCGGUAUGGUAUAGACCGAUGCUAGAAGGGUGACGAUAUGAUUGAUGUUCCAUAUAGAAUAAAUAGAAUGUGAAGAUUUUUUCAAUGAUUUCAUCAUAUGUUAACGGGCGAGUAAAAUGUGUUAACCGUAAACAGAUGCUAGGGAAUAAAACUUGAUUUAUCCACAAUGUCCUUUCUCUGUGUGCACAGAACCUGGCCAUGCCAAAGAUGUGAAAAAGAGAGUCAGUUCAUUACCUCGAUGUCAUAUUCAUAUACAUUUCAUUGUGGUUUUCCAUUGUCAAUAGUAUUAUCGACUACAGUAUCUACUACAACUUGCACUAUUUCGUUUGUGUCAUAUCAGGAGUAAGUUGUAGAACCACACCCAUUAUCUCGACGAGUCAAAUUCAGUUCCCGGUAUACGUUAAAGGCCACUUGUUAUCUUACAUUACACAGUUUAUACAAAAAUCUCGAAAUAUCAGACCAAACUUUCCCUCCCAAAUAUCAGUUUUUUAAAUUUAGUUAUUCUCGUAAGCGUAGCAUACAAAGCCAAGUGUGCAGUGCCCAAGGUUAAGAACUACAAAUUAAAGAUCCUCCAGAUCACAGAACAGUAAAACAGAGUUACCACUAUUGUAAAAGAAAACAAUAAUGUCCACAAUAAAGUAGAACCAGUAAUAUUUCUAGAGGUCUAAGAACAAAAAUUGACACAGAAAGGAGCACGAACCUUUUUGGUAGUACCAGAAUUCAAUGUAAGCAAACGAAAGAAAGACACACAACGCUAGCAAAACGUAAACAGUUUCAAGACGCACAGAUAGAGUAAUUGUUUUAAAAACAAUACAGAAAAAGAUGCAGUAAUAUUAUGUAUUUAUCGUUUCCCAAAUACUUUUUUCUAGUCAUCAACUGUUGGACCAACCAAGUUGUUGCAUUUUAAUUAGUUAGUGGUUAGGAACGUUGUUAUUUCAGAACUUUUUGUUGAGCAAUUAGAACAUAUAUAUUUUUUCCAAUUUCUGAACGCCACCAUAGAGGCGAAUGAACUGCAAAGUUUAAAGCCUCUUAAAUACAAAGAAAGAAGAAGAAGAACGCCACUAUGGCAAAUCUUAGUAAUCUAACGAAGCAGCUUGAUCAUGCCCAGACAGUAUAUUUUAUUUAUUAAUUGAAACACAUCCAGUGUAUCCAUUCGUUACAGUAGAUGGUAACAUGAAAUUGUUGACACAUUUUGAAAAUCAAAUCAAAAUUUGUAUUAGGUGUAAUAAACAAAAAGUCACAAACUUCGAAAA